CCACUCGCUCGAUAUCAUAUAAUGUGACAUUCAUGAUGAGACUGUCUUCACCAUCGGCGCCCCUGACGCCCAGGGAUCCCCGUCAACUGACAGAAAUUUCACCACUAUGCUUCUCUGCUUCUGUAGCGACGCUGCCGAUGAAUUCCCCGGUGAUACAUUGAGGAGAUCCGCACGACGGGGAAGAGAAUGGUCUCGUUUGCGUGUAAAAGAGGCAGCUUCAACUUGUGCUCAGAAAUGCAGAAAUUUAUUCGGAAAGAUGAAGAAACCUAACAGUGCGGCCAAUUACAGCAAUAAUCAGACAAAAUCUGGGCGAUUUCAGUAUGAUGCUUUCAGUUAUGCGCUUAAUUUUGACAAUGGAUUUGCAGAGGAGGACGAGUACUCACCUCGGGCCUUUUCUGCCAGAUUUGCUUGCCCCGUUGCCAAGCCCAGGGGAGCUGAAAUCCCCUAAAUUUGCUCUGUUCGCCAAGGAAGAAGAUAAUUGACAAGGCAGGAGAUGGAGCUCUCGAUCUAUAUACAUAAAUUAUAUGUAGAGGCAAUGAACACAGUUGUCUUUCUAGGGUAUGUAUCAACAUAAAUUGCAAUCCACAUUUAUUGUUUUUAUGUUGCCCUCGUUUGGCGCCUGGUUGACCAGAAGAGAAUUUAGAUUUGGGGUUUCUAAUGAAUCUUCUGCUCUGUAACAUGAUAUUACAAUGAAUGAUCUAUUACCUAUUACUAAAGAA